AUGGGGUGGGUCGCUGCGGGACUGCACACAUCCACCUCAGAGAGCAUCGCCGGCCACCCAGCAUCGUCCACCUUGUCACCAGCGCCGCGCGGACGCCACGAGCCGCCACGCCAAGAUGGCGUAGGGUUCCGCCCAACCCGGCCAGAGCAGCAGCGCAUGCGCUCGGAGCCGAGAAGGAUGGACAAGGAGGAGGUGCCUGGCCGCACCCACGCGCAGGAGGGUAGAACGGCCGGGGCCCGCCAAACCCAGAUCGGGCCCAAAGGGCCCAGAUCCGAGCCAGCAAGCCCGCGCCGCCAUGGCGUCAACUCCGGCCGCCCAGCACCAUCUGCCGCCAGCGCCGUCGCCGCCAUCCCCAGCGCCGUCGCCGUCGCCGGCCACCCCUACGGCUUGGCCGCGCCGCCCGCCGCCGGACUUGGUGGCCGCCCGAGGGCAGCCGCCGCCUCCAAGCAUGGGGUCGCCGCCACGCCACGAGCCGCCACGCCGGCUGCCGAGGCAGCCGCGCCGCCACGCCCCUCGUCAAGCGCGCCGCCCUCACCGGCCGCGUCGGCCCGCGCCAAGGCUUCCACGCGAGGGGGAGAGGAAUCCCCGCCGCCGCCAGCGCCCGGGCUUUGCCCAACGACGCCCUCCGGCGGCGGCGAGGGGAGGGGUCUGGGCAGAUGGCGGCUAGGGUUCCCUCCCGUCACCCACGGGAGCAACGAGGGGGAACGAGGGAUUCCUCCCUGUUAUUUUUGA